CGGUUUCAAUGGCGUUUCGUGAUCGUGAGCAUGCCAUGUGCAGUUACUAUAUAUAUAUAUAUAGAUAGAUAGAUAUUUGCAAAAUCUAACCUAGAAGCAUAAAAGCAGUGUUUUUUACCACAACAGCAAAGGUGGAAUUAUGAUUUUUUAAUGUUCUCAAUAUUCUGGGAGCAUACAGAAAUCAUGUAAUCAGAUUUUCAACAUAAAGGAUUUUGUACUUUAAACAACAAUGAACCACGCAAAAUAUGCGCUACACACUUUGAAAAAUAAUAAUUGUCUGCACAAAAAUUUGACAUACAGCAAAUGCUGUAUGCACAGAAAGUCUUCCUAUCACAACAGAUUUCGUUAUUUUAAUGAGCUCUCUAAGAACAUUGACAAUGUCAAGAGAAUUCAAACAAUAUCCGAUGUUCCUUCAACACCGCUUAGUGCAUCAUACAGCAGUAGCUCGUUGGCAGAUCAAAAUGCUGAUGCUGGAAAUAAGGAAAAUGAUCUUGCAAGUGAUAUUUUAGACAAUAUGAAGACUACCCAAAUUCAACAAAAAAAUAUUAACAGCAUUUUUUAUAAAUCGCACAAAGAAGCACAACCAGGCAAAAGUUUACAAAAAAAGAACUUAACGAAUGGACCUGGUUUGGGUCAUUUUCUAUCAAAACCAUCACACAGGAGUGAAGUAGAAUCUGAAAAAAUUCCUUAUUUAAGUCCACUUGAUGGAGAUCUGCAAAAAGUUUAUUUGGAAGUAUAUGGAUGCCAAAUGAAUGUAAAUGAUACAGAAGUCGUUUCUGCAAUUUUAAAAAAACAUAAUUACAAAAUAACAAAAGACAUAAUGGAUGCAAAUGUGAUCUUGCUUGUAACCUGUGCUAUAAGAGAAAAUGCAGAGAACAAAGUGUGGAAUAAGUUAAAACAGUUUCGAAUAUUAAAAGAAAGAAAAGUUGUUUCAAAGAUUGGAUUACUAGGUUGCAUGGCGGAACGUUUGAAACAUAAAAUAAUUGAAAAAGAAAAAAUCGUAGACAUUAUAGCAGGACCAGAUAGUUACAAGGAUUUACCAAGACUUUUGGCUAUAAGUAAUGAACAUGAAACUGCUAUCAAUGUUGCACUUUCUCUAGAUGAAACGUAUGCAGAUGUAACACCUGUCAGAUUGAAUCCUGAUUCAAAAGCAGCUUAUGUCUCAAUCAUGAGAGGUUGUGACAAUAUGUGCACAUAUUGUAUAGUUCCCUUUACCAGGGGUCGAGAAAGAUCGCGACCAAUAUCUAGUAUUUUAGAUGAAGUUCAGCAGUUGUCAGAUCAAGGCAUUAAAGAAGUAACUCUUCUUGGACAAAAUGUCAAUAGUUAUAGAGAUAUUUCCGAAUCUAAGUAUUACACGAGUGCUGAUACACCCCAGAAAACAAAUCUUGUGAAAGGUUUUAAUACUGUUUACAAAACCAAACUGGGAGGAUUGAGGUUUAGUCACUUGCUGGAUAAAGUUUCUUUGAUUAAUCCCGAAAUGAGGAUAAGGUUUACUUCUCCACAUCCAAAGGAUUUUCCUGAUGAAGUUAUACAUUUGAUUGCUGAGCGACCAAAUAUAUGUAAACAGAUCCAUUUACCUGCACAAAGUGGAAGUACUGAUGUUUUAACAAGAAUGAGAAGAGGCUACAGUAGAGAAGCUUAUCUAGAUUUGGUAUAUCACAUUCGAAAUAUCAUUCCAGAUAUAGCAAUUUCGAGUGAUUUCAUUGCUGGAUUCUGUAAUGAAACUGAAAAGGAAUUUGAAGAAACUUUGACACUGAUUGAAGAAGUUAAAUACACUACUGCCUUCUUAUUUGCAUAUAGCAUGCGUGAGAAAACGACUGCGUAUAGACGCUAUUCGGACAAUGUGGAUAAGAAAAUUAAAAUACAAAGAUUGCAAAAAAUGAUAAAACUGUACAGAACAGAAGUGGAAAGAUUGUAUAAAAAUUCGAUUGGAAAGCAACAACUAGUUUUAGUUGAAGGGGAAAGCAAGCGUUCUGUGAAAGAUUUACAAGGACGAAAUGACGGAAACGUCAAAGUAAUAUUUCCCAAUGAACCUAUACCUUCAAGCAAUACCUCAACAUCCUACAAACCAAUUCAAAAUGGAGAUUAUAUCGUUGUACAUAUUUGUAAUGCAAAUUCACAAAUUUUAAGGGGGAUACCACUGUAUCAUUCUUCUAUUCGUGAAUUUAAUUCUCAGGAUGAACGAUUGCAAAAUUUUAGUAAAAUAGUGUAAUAUAAGUCAAUAAAAAUGUAACUUUAUUUGUAUUUUAAAGAGAAAAUUAUUUGUUACACUAGCACUUUUGUAUACAAAUUAUAUCUGAAACGGAAAUGACGCCAAUAUUUUGUAUUCUUUAUUGUAAAAAUGCUAUAGAUAAAUUCUAUUAUACAUAUAUUA